CUUCAAUUGAUCAAAUCGAUCGCCAUGCCGUCAUCCGCAUCGACAUCAUCUUUCCAGCACAACUUCUUCAACGUUCUCCUGCUUUCCGUCCUGCUGAUAGCUUUCUUCCCGGGAGCCUUUCACUACAUAUACACUCUCCCGUUCUCCUACAUCGCUUCUAAGAGCCACUCUUCCGACCCCCACGCGCCGACAGCCACUGUAACCCCACCAGCGCCCGCCAUGUCGUGGAUCCAGAAGCAGUUCACGCUUCCGCCACGGUCGCGCGGUUCCUACCUCAUUACCGACCACAUAGUCAGCUCGAUUCCGGAGAUAAGACAGUAUAAGGUCGGAUUGCUCAAUCUGUUUGUUCAACACACCAGCUGCGCGCUGAGCUUGAACGAGAAUUGGGACGACGAUGUGCGCGCGGACAUGAGUGAUGCGCUGGAUCGCAUUGCUCCCGAAGCAGGACCCAAAGGGGAAGAUCUGUAUAGACAUAGUGCAGAAGGUCCUGAUGACAUGCCGGCACACGUCAAAUCCGCACUCAUCGGCGCCAGCGUCACGAUUCCCAUAAAAGACGGAAAGUUGGCAACGGGAACAUGGCAAGGAAUCUGGUAUCUCGAGUUUCGCGAAGUGAAGCAUACGAGACGGGUCGUAGCAACUAUUCAGGGCGAAAAGGCAUGAGUAACGUGGAGCAUAUAAGAUAAUGAAAGAAGGCAAUUUUCAUUCCGUUUUAUUUAGUACAAGCGUGAUUUGUCCAUACGCCGAGCGCCAUUCCAUGAUCAUGCUCAUCCAUGGAUAUUCGAGCUUGAAAUCGUAGUAGAAGUGA